CAGUUGGUAAGCAUUUAAAGCAUGUCUUCUUCUCUCUCUCUCUCUCUCUCUCUCCACACUCAUCAUCAGUUUGAUUGAUUGAAGAAUUCCUCAGCACCAGACACAGAGAGAGAGAGAGAGUGUGCACAAACACACACGCUCCACUCUCAAAAGUCGUGCAUUUUCAAAUACUCACCUUCAAAUUCAAACCUUCGAUUCCCUCUCCCUUCAGAUCCGUAGCGUUCCACUCCAAUCCCACCCCAAAUUCCGAAUUCUUGCCCCCAAAAAACCCCUGUUUCGCCUCUCUCUUGCUCUCGCAUUCGGUGUUUCUCUGUUUCUGUUGCUUUCACGGAGUCGUGUGAACAGGGAUUUCAGUUGGUUUCUGGGAUUUUCAUCUUCAGUAUUAUCAUAGCUUCAUUCAAUUGAAAUGUGUGAAGAGAAUAGUCCGAGUAUAAAUUAGAACAAGAGACACUCUAUGAAUUGAAGUUUAUGGGUUCUUCUGGGUCUGCAAUUCAAUAUGAAUACUAGGUUAUACAACAUUUUUGCUUCUGGGUACUGAAUAGUGAAGACCGAAUUUGCUUUGAUGGGUGUUUUUCUAAUUUUUUUCUUAAUGUCAGCUGCUUAUGACAAGGAAGGUUUUGACUGAAUUUAGACGUUUUAGGCAUUUUAAUCGGAUGUGUUUUGCUUAUUUUUGAAGUAACUGGGUUUGAUUUCUAUUUGUUGCUCGAAAUUGUGAAGUGGGAAAUUUAGGGGACCAAAAUGUUGGAACCUGAGUUAUGUUCUUCUCGGAUUCUCUUACCUUUUCGGGAAGAAAGCGGGGAUGAAGAGCUUUCUGUUCUUCCUAGGCACACCAAAGUUAUUGUAACAGGGAACAACAGAACAAAGUCUGUCUUGGUGGGUUUACAAGGUGUCGUCAAGAAGGCUGUUGGUCUUGGUGGUUGGCAUUGGCUGGUUUUAAAGAACGGGGUUGAAGUGAAGCUACAAAGGAAUGCUCUGAGUGUUCUGGAACCUCCCACUGGGAAUGAAGUUGAAGAUGAUGAUUUUGAUAAUGCUAGCAGUAGCUCCGACAUGGGUGAUAAGGAUAACGAUUUCUGCAGUGCAAUUGAAUUCAGCAAACUAAGCAAACCUAGAGUUCGGCAUACAAGGCCUUGGGUUUCAUCAACAUCAGUGAAGCCUACCAAUCGGAGUAGUUACAAAGUUCACUCCGAUAUUCAGACGUCUCAACUGAGACUGAACUUUGCAAAAUUACAAACCAGCUCAUUGUGGAGAUAUUGGCGAAACUUCAAACUUGGAAACCCUAACCCUAAUAUCACAAAACAACAAUUGGUUAAUGCUGUACAACAGCAUUUUGCUUCACAGCAAGUGGACGAGUUCCAAGUGAUUGCAGAAUUUAUCCAUGCGGCCAAGAGAUUGAAAGCGGCUGCAACAAGUAGAGAGAGUGAUUAGACUCGGAUGUUAAGUGAUCCUUCAUAUAAGUAAUGUAAUAUAUAUAUAUAUACAUAUCAAACCCUAACCCUGUAGUUGGAAUCUCUAAUUUUAGGCUAAUGUAGCAGUCCACCCCUAACCUUGGUAGAGAUUAGUGAGAGGCUGUUGCCCAUCUUAUAUAUAUAUAUAUAUACACACAUAUAGACACUGUUUGUUAAGCUCACAGAGUGGAAAUAUGGUGUCUAGUAUCUGUAUCUGCAA